UGUGUUCAAAGGUGACGGAUCCUUCUCCAAACAAUGGAAAUCCAAACCUCCUUUAUCCGUAAGUAAAACUGAGGUAGGAAACCCCCCCCCACCUCUCAGUCCUCCAAAGGACUCACCGUUGAUCUAGACAGAGAGUGUCCUCUCCACAAGAAACCUCACUCCCUCAGGAAAUGCAGAGGCUUUCGAGAAAGACCACUUGCAGAGCGAAGACGCUUCCUGGUGGAGCACUCCAUAUGUUUUAAAUGUUGUGCUUCAGCAACUCACCAAGCUAAAGAGUGUAAAGCUGACACCCACUGCUCUGAGUGUGACAGCGACCGGCACAUUGCAGCACUCCAUCCUGGACCGGCACCUUGGGCUCCAAGUUCCAGACCACCUUCUGCAGAGCAUGGUGGGGAGCCUACCGAGUGUGUCACUGACAUAGCAGCCUCUUCAUGCACAGCCGUGUGUGGUGAGGGUCUUAAAGGUAAAUCAUGUUCCAAAAUCUGUCUGGUCAGUGUGUAUCCCAAGGGUCGCCCAGACCAAAAGGUGAGGACAUACGUGAUGCUGGAUGACCAAAGCAAUGUGGCGCUAGCCAGAUCAGCAUUCUUUGACAUGUUUGACAUCCCGGGUGAGGCUUCCCCCUAUACCCUCAAAACAUGCUCAGGAAUCACCGAGACUGCUGUAAGAAGGGCCUCUGGAUUUAUGGUGGAGUCAGCUGAUGGACAGUUACACUUAUCAUUCCCGAGUCUUAUUGAGUGCAACCUGAUUCCCAAUAAUAGGGACGAAAUCCCUACUCCAGAAGCUGCCCAAAGCCACAAGCAUCUCAAGUGUAUUGCUGACAGGAUCCCUCCUCUUGAUGCGUCAGCUGAGAUACUUUUGUUACUUGGGAGGGACAUCAUCCAAGUUCACAAAGUGCGCAGUCAGCGUAACGGCUGUCACAACGAACCUUAUGCCCAACAAGUGGACCUGGGUUGGGUAAUAGUCGGUGACGUCUGUCUCGGUGGGGCUCACCGGCCGACUGUCAACACAUUCAAGACCAGUGUCCUUGAGAAUGGACGACCAAGCUACUUCAAGCCUUGUGAGAACAGGAUCAUCUGCAAAGAAAAGUUCAUAGAGGAACAGCUAAUAUCCCCUGACACACUGACUUCCAGUCAGCCAAGCUUAGGUGAGCUGGUCUUCAGCCAUUCAAAAGAGGAUGAUAAGCUGGCACCCUCCAUCGAAGAUGAAAUCUUCCUCCAGAUCAUGAACAAGGAGUUCAAGAAAGAUGAUUCCAACAGCUGGGUGGCUCCCCUGCCAUUUCGUAGUCCAAGACCAUGUUUACCAAAUAAUCGAGAGCAAGCCCUCAGCCGACUGAUGUCACUUCGCCGUACCUUGAAUAGGAAACCGGAGAUGAAACAUAAUUUCAUAGAGUUCAUGGAGGAUAUUUUCAAAAAUGGACACGCUGAGCCAGCUCCUCCACCAGAGCCUGACAAAGAGUAUUGGUAUUUACCUUCCUUUGGUGUCUAUCACCCCCAGAAACCGGGAAAAAUAAGGAUCGUCUUUGAUUCAAGCGCACAGUUCAAAGGCAUCUCAUUGAAUGAUGUGCUCUUACAAGGCCCGGACCUCAACAACACCCUAAUUGGGGUUCUCAUGCGUUUCAGAAUGGACCCAGUUGCUGUGAUGACAGACAUUCAACAGAUGUUCCACAGUUUCCUAGUGAGGGAGGAUCAUGUGUUUGGUAACUGUCCCUCGCCAGCUGUGGCCAUUUAUGGCCUGAAGAGGACGGCUAUGGAGGGUGAAGAGGACUAUGGACCCGAAGUGUGGAGCUUUGUGCACAGACAUUUCUAUGUUGAUGAUGGCCUGAAAUCUUUCCUCAGUGCAGAAGAUGCCAUCAAAGUGCUGAAAGGUGCACAAGACAUGCUAGCGCAAUCCAACCUCAGACUACACAAGAUUGUGUCUAACAGUGUUGAGGUCAUGAGGGCAUUUCCAGCUGAAGAUCUAGCUAGCAACCUGCAAGACCUGGACGUGGGUCAGGACUCCCCUCCCAUGCAGCGCAGCCUGGGUCUUGGUUGGGAUCUUGCUACAGAUACUCUAACUUUCCGUGUGGACUGCGCUGAAAAACCCUUUACUCGUCGGGGUGUGUUGUCUACUAUCAACAGCUUAUUUGACCCGUUGGGGUUCGCUGCUCCCUUCAGUGUUCAGGGCCGCCUCAUUUUGAGAGAACUCACCACUGAGACUUGUGACUGGGAUGCACCACUGCCCCGAGAAAAGCUUGAACAGUGGCAGAGGUGGUGCACAUCUCUUCAAGACCUAAGAGAGUUGAAGAUCCCAAGGGCCUACACAAUGGUCCCUCUCCACAGCUCAGAGCAAGGAGAUCUGUAUCUUUUGUGAUGC